UUUCCCUGGCAGAGGGAAUUUUGAAUGUUCAUGCGAUUUAUACUCUUACAAUAAUGAGUGUAAUAUAAUUUUAUUAAAAACCCCGGUUACUUAAGGACUAUGUGCUUUUGUCUUGGGGAGUGAGAAGACUAGAAAAAGCUCGUGAUAAACGAUGAAAGAGGAGACUAACGUUACCGAAAUAAAACAGAUUCACGACGACAAAGACCUCAUCUGUAGUCUUUGUAAGAGAUGUGACAACAUUCCAGAGAAGUAUGGAGAGAAGAUCACCCUCCAACAGCACAAAGUGACAGUCCACUAUUUCUGUUUGCUGAUGUCUAGUGGAAUAUGUCAGAGAGGGGAGGAAGAUGAAGACGUUCAUGGUUUUCUUGUGGAUGACAUAAAAAAGGAGAUCCGCAGAUCUUCGAGGCUGAGGUGCAUGCACUGCAAAAAGGUUGGUGCUUCGGUGGGGUGCUCCAUCAAAAGAUGUCGGCAAAUGGUCCACAUGCCCUGUGGGUUAGAGCAGGAGUUUAUUUUCCAGUUCACCGACUUGUUUCCGUAA